AAAAUUGUGAUUAUGAAAAAAAAUUUCCUCUUCGCUACGUCUCCAUCGGCCGCAACAAAAGGGCUUCUUCGAGUCUUUUUCCGUGCCCCGUGCCUCCGUCAAACAGCUCCGUGGCGAUUUCCGUGUGCGAGAUAAUUGGGAAGCGAAGUGACGAAAAAUUAUUGCAAGCGUCAUAGGAGCUUCUCACGGACUCUGGGUGGCAUUUUCGCGUGGCACGACUCUCGAAAUGGCCCAGUGACGACGCAAAAGCCCAAAAAGUCGCUGAAAACGCUCGAAAAUCAGACACUUUUAGUGUUGUUUCACGAAACUUUUUAAAACGUCGCAUAAUGUUGUAAUUUUUUUUUUCUUCUCUCACAAAAUGUUCGCACGCACACACCGAAAGGAGUAUAUAGCGCGAGUGCUGCUGCCAUGGUGUGUGUGCGAAUUGUGCCAAAACACCAAGAAAACGGAAAAGUCGCGGAAAUUCAGUGAAAAAAUGUGAAAUUUCUGUGACAAAAGCCCCGUGAAUGCAAGUUUUCCGGGAAAUUCGCGUCGAAAUCUGUGCCAAAAGCCAAAUAAACAGCAUUUUGUCUCAAGCGAGGGGCAUUGAAAAUUUGUGUAACAAUAUGCGUUUAUUUACUACACACUCACGCACACACUCUCACCGAAGCAACUUCCAUAUGAUAGGCGACUCUGCACGAUGCCAGGUACGUCACAGACAAAAGAAGAGGCAAAAUAGUCAAGCAUCAUCAUUUCUCGGGGCCUUUUUUCUUUAUCACCAAAUUAUUCGAAGCCUUUUCCCCGAAUUUCAUGUUAAAAUCUCCAAUUUCCCCUAAAAAAAAAUUAAAAAAUUAAAAUUUCAUCAAAAAAAAUUAAAAUAAAUUUCAUGCAUGGAGAAAAAAUCCUUGAAAGUCACGAAUCCAAGGUGUUUCACGAAAAAAAAAAAAAUGGCUAAGCUCUUGAAACUACCGUCAAAACGGGCCUUUUGUUAACCCUGCUUCACAUACAAGGUGCACAUCUGAUAAUAAACCGUUCGUUGUAGUAGUUGUGGUGGUGCUACGGAGCAAAAAAGUUGCGAGAAUGUUUGGGUGAGCAAGCAGAGAAAGACGAAAAGUGAAGAAAACGCCUCAGUUGGUGCCUCAUUCGGCAUCGAGACACGUUGAUUCGUGUCUUGUCCCAUUUUCGGAUGCCUCUGAAUCAUCUCACAUGCAGUAACUAAGCGCUAAAAUGACGGAUUUCAUGCAGAAAGUGAAUAAUAUUUUGAUUUGCUGCACGAAAAAUUCGAAAAAUGUUCCACGUUUGCGAUUUUUCUUCAAGAUUUUUGAGGAAUUUCUUGAAUUUUUUUAAAAAUUUUUUAAAAAACAUUAAAAAAUAAUUAAAAAUUGAACAGGAAUUACUGCCAAAUUGAGAUUUCUCUCUGAAAAGUCUCUGAAACAAGACAACCGUCAUCAAAAUGUAGUUAAUUUGGUUGAAAAUUUCAUAUCACAUCGACGAAAUCCACCGAUGAUGAUGACGAAAAAACCCGAACUCUCGUAUACCAAAGCAGUUUUGACGUCUUUCCAUGUAGUGGUGUUGCUCGCAUUGCGUUGUUAUGACGAACAAUGAAAAUAAAUUCACUUUUUCCUGAGUUUUUGGUCGAUUUUUGACAAUUUUUCUUGAAUUUUUAUAAAAAAUUCUUCUAAAAAAAAUUUUUUUUUAAUUAAAAUUUUGAAUUUUUCGUGUCAACACGGAGCCAAGUAGCAACAUGAGUCGCCUCGGAGCAUAUGUAUAUGUGAUCAACAGUGCCUCUCAUUGGCUGGCGACUUACGUAAUGUGUGGCAGUGUGUGUUAUUUACUCCGAAAAGUCGUCUUCUCGUCGAUACUCGAGGCUCGGUAGUGAGUGUGCGACGACGACAGCAACGUGAACAGCACUAAAGACGAAAAAAAAGGAAAUUUUUUCGAAAAAAAGUUUCUUUUUCGCCAGAAAUAUUUUUCAUUGACACCGUUUACUGAGCACAAUUACUUCGCGGACCCGUUUUUGGCCCAAUUAUGACAUCGCCAGCGACGAAUCAGAUACAACUCACGACGACGACGACGACGAGAGAGCGACGAAUCAACAACAACGCCUUUCGUGGUGCUUUCGGGUCCCUUUGGCUGUAGUUGUAACGUUUUAUAUAGAAAAGCACACACACACUGCCACACAUUAUCACACAUUGCACGACGACGUACAUAACAACAUUGUCAUUGUUGUUCAAUGUUCAUGAUGAUAUGUUGUGUUCACUAAAAUUUUAUUUAGUAUAGAGUUGUUACUUAAUCUAUAUUGACCUGAAAGAUUUUUUAGUUGAAACGGUUGUGCGUUGUUGCGCUUUAAAAUAUCGCUUUUCUCACCUAAAAAAUGGCAGAAAAAGACCUUUUUGACAAGGAAAAACUCAUUUUACGCUAAAAUCACGCGUGAAAAGCCCCGCAAAUGCACUUUGUGUGCCACAAAAACAACAACAACAACAACAAAAGUCGAGUGACAAGAUUAGUAAUUCAACAAAAGCAACAACAACACAAAGAACAGCGAGAAGAUCUGAUAAAACACACCACGGAGAAAACGGGAAAAACGUGAAACUUUCUUGGAAAUCAUAAAUGUACAAGAAGCAGCGUAGCGAGCGAGAAUGAAACGUGGAAGAGCCGAAGAAGUACAAUUUGGGCAGCCGAGGAAUGCAGCUGCCCCAACGCCAACGCAUCGUCUCACGACCGGACAACAAGCUGCCGGCGGAGGUCCCCAAAUUCAAUAUCAACUGACAAAUGUCCUCAAGAAUGCUCCGAGUGGCGAGCAAACGCAAUUGUCUGGUACAGCACAACAUGUCGUUCAGUAUUCAUCAACUUAUUCAGCACCAAUUGCUGCAAGUAAUUUAUCAAAGCCCGGAAUACAAGCUACGCAAGGAACAAUGUAUGUCGUCAACUCUACGAUGGGCAGCAAUGCACCGACAAACAACUCAUUGCGACACAAAAGUGGUCCCCAAGUCGGUUCCUCAACGCAAAUGAAUCCGGUGCAGCAAAUGGCACCUGGCGCCACUCCCGUAACGCCCCAACAACCGGGUCAAGCGCAGCAAUUCCAACGCCUCAAGGUCGAAGAUGCCCUGAGCUAUUUGGACGAAGUGAAAUUCAAGUUUGGCAAUCAGCCGCAAGUGUACAACGAUUUCCUCGACAUCAUGAAGGAAUUCAAGUCGCAAAGUAUCGAUACGCCCGGCGUCAUUCAACGUGUCUCGAACCUGUUCAAGGGACAUCCGCAACUGAUUGUCGGUUUCAACACCUUCUUACCGCCCGGCUACAAAAUUGAGGUGCAAGCGACAGAUAACGAGUAUCAAGUAUCGGUGUCGAUGCCAUCGCCCUCCGGCGGUAAUUCCAUUGCGCCGCAACCUAGUCCGCCACACAAAUUGGCAAUUUUGCAGGGAAGUGGCGGCCCCACGACAAUUCACAUGCAAUCGACAGCCAAUUUAAUUCCACACAGUAUCACGACGACCGGGCAUCCGCAACAAAUCCAUCAAAUGCAAUCGCAAACGAUAUCGUCCGGGCAGAUAAUUCAAACGGCGCCGCAAUCUGUGGGCCCGCAACAAUCGCAAAAUGCGCCCCAGGCACCGCAAAAUCUCUCGCAAGUCACGCAAGUGCAGCCGCAGCAGCAGCAACCGCAAAACAUCCCACCACAAAACUACAGCAGUGCACUUGGGCGUGCCGUUGCCGAGCGCGAACGUACUAUUUCGGGUCCAACAAUCUCAUCCAGCUCCGCAUCCGGGCUCAAUUCGGUGAGUUCGGUGCCACCGCCGCCCUCACAAUCGCAACCGCAGCCCAGCAACAUCGUGGCACCCAUGCAACGAAUGAACGAGCCGCCAUCCACUUUGGGCGGUUUGCAUCGCAUCGCGAACGCGCAUCACCAAAUGAUGCAAAACGAGGCAGGGCAAUCGGCGCCUCCCAACCAGCCCGUCGAAUUCAAUCAUGCGAUCACGUACGUCAACAAGAUCAAAAAUCGUUUCCAAUCGCAGCCGGAAAAAUACAAAAGAUUCCUCGAAAUUCUCCACACGUACCAGAAAGAGCAAAAAGUCUCGAAAGACGGCACCACCGCCAAGCAACUCACGGAAGCCGAAGUUUACGCCCAAGUCGCCAAGCUGUUCGACAAUCAAGAAGAUCUCCUGCGCGAAUUUGGCCAAUUUUUGCCCGAUGCCACGGCACAUCCCUCGAGUUUCAACAUCAGCAAGACGCACGUGCACAACGAACACAAAAAGAUGAUGUCGAGUUUUCCGAGUCCGCAUCAUCCGAACAUCAAGGCGCCGUACAACAACAAUUCGCAGAACAAUGUGGCGCGUCCCGAUCGCAACAGUAAUGCAAGUAGCGCCAUCGGUGGAGGCCCCCAUCAAAACGAUUUCCACAUGAAUGACAAAGAUUUCCACAUGCGCAACGAAAAAGACGGACGAAAUCAUGUCGGUAACAAGGCUUAUGGGUCAAGUGGCGGCGUGAAACGAUCUUCGUCCUUUAAUCAAUUGCCGCCGAUGAUGAACAAUCGCGAUGGGCAACCACCGCCGAAGCGGCAUAAACCAGUGCGGGUUGAUGUGUCCUUAGCGGAGGCUUCGAAAUACGGCACUCUUAGUGAUUACGCAUUUUUCGACAAAGUUCGUUCGUCACUUCGCACUCCCGAGGUCUACGAGAACUUUUUGCGCUGCCUGACACUUUUUAACCAGGAAAUAAUCUCAAAAUCCGAACUUUUGACGCUUUGCACGCCCUUUUUGAACAAAUUCCCCGAGCUGCUGAAGUGGUUCCAAGACUUCCUCGGCCCGUCAACUGUUUCCGAGGGACUUCCGAUUAACGCAGCGCAACGCCAGGACCGCACCCAAAGCGAACUCGCGCAGGAAGUUGAUCUUUCCACGUGCAAACGACUCGGUGCCAGUUACUGCGCCCUCCCGAAAACGAGCGAACAGAAAAAAUGCUCCGGGCGUACGGCGCUGUGCAAAGAAGUGCUGAACGACACGUGGGUUUCGUUCCCGACAUGGGCUGAGGACUCAACUUUUGUGACGUCACGCAAGACGCAGUACGAGGAAUUCAUUUAUCGCUGCGAAGACGAGCGUUUUGAGCUGGAUGUCGUCAUUGAAACAAACAGUGCGACAAUUCGCGUGCUCGAGGGUGUCCACAAGAAACUUUCUCGCAUGUCGCCGGAGGAAAUUGCGCGAUACCGCUUGGAUGACUAUCUCGGUGGCACGUCGCAAACGAUCCAUCAACGGGCACUGAGGCGAAUUUACGGCGAAAAAGCGGCCGAAAUUAUUCAGGGAUUGAAGAAAAAUCCAGUCGUGGCGGUGCCCGUGGUGCUGCGACGCCUCAAAGCGAAGGAAGAGGAAUGGCGAGAAGCGCAAAAGGGUUUCAACAAGCAGUGGCGCGAACAAAACGAGAAAUAUUACUUGAAGUCGCUCGAUCAUCAGGGCAUCAAUUUCAAGCAGAAUGACAUCAAGGCGUUGCGAUCCAAGAGUCUCUUUAACGAGAUCGAGACGCUGUAUGAUGAGCGGCACGAACAAAAUGAAGAAGGCACAACGGAGCCAAUUACGGGCCCGCAUCUGACACUUCCGUACAAAGACAAGACGAUCCUCGAUGACGCAGCUAACCUCCUUAUACAUCACGUGAAACGCCAAACGGGUGCCCAGAAGCAGGAAAAGGCACGAAUUAAGCACAUUUUGCGACAAUUCGUUCCGGAUCUCUUCUUUUCGCCGCGACAACAAAUGAGUGACGAUGAACGAGAAGAUGAUGACAAAGACAUGGAUGUGGAUGGCGAGGGCGGCAGUCCCAGCAGCAGCGCUUCCAAGUCAAAAUCGAAAUCGAACGCAGCGGACGACAGCAAAGACAGUCUCGCAUCGAAAAUCAUCAGCCAACUAUCCAGUAACAACAGUACAACCUCGUCAUGCAGUGAUAACAACAAAGAUGUCGUCGCGUCAUCACAAAGCGGCACAGAGACGCAAACCACAACAACAACAACCACCAACACCGCGACAACUGAUAGUAUUAGCUCCAAGACAAGUGCUAAAGAUGCCAAUGACAUCAAAGUUGAGAUUAAGGAGGAGAAAGAUCGUGAUACGCCGAGUCCGCCGUUGCCGCAACACGCAAUCAGCAAACAUGCCGAAGAGGCAUACACACUGUUCUUCGCGAAUAAUAACUGGUAUUUAUUUUUGCGAUUGCACGCAAUUUUGUGCGAACGUUUGCGAGCCAUGUACGAUCGUGCCCAAAUUUUGCUGGAGGAAGAGAACCAAAACAAGCAGAAUCGACGUGAAAGUACGGCGAUUGCGCUCAAGCUCAAGCCGAAAAAUGAGAUUCCCGUGGAGGACUACUACCCGACGUUCCUGGAUAUGCUGAAGAAUGUCUUGGAUGGCAACUUGGAGGCAAACUCGUACGAGGAUUCGCUUCGUGAGAUGUUUGGCAUUCAUGCGUAUGUGGCAUUUACACUCGAUCGGGUCGUCUCCAAUGCCGUUCGGCAACUACAACAUUGCGUUACGGAGCGAGGAGCUCUCGAAUGUGUCGAACUUUUCCAUGUCGAGCAGAAGAAACAAGGUGCCGGCGGAUUAUGCCGUACUGCUAGUAAACGAUUACAAGCUGAACUAGCGUAUCAGAGAAAAGCUGAAGCAGCCUUACAAGAUGAAAAUUGCUUCAAAAUCUACAUUUACAAAAUCGACUGUCGCAUCACAAUUGAAUUACUCGACACGGAGAGUGAGGACCCAAAUACGGGUGUUGCGGGCGUCCAAAGUUGGACCAAUUACUGCGAGCGACUCGCGAAUCCGGCAGCAAGUGGUAGCAAUAGCACCGCCGGAGGCAAUGGAUGUGCGGGAUCAAGUGACUCUGGUGCCGGCACCAAUGUUGAAAUUAAAACUGAGAAUCCGGAUGAUGAUUCGCGUGCCCCAAUCGUUCCACGAAAAGCAUCGUUCCUACCGCGAAACAUUCGGCGCUUCCAUGCGAAAAAUCAUCUCGCGACGUCGAAAGACAUCGUGCUAAUGUCAACAUCGCCGACACCAAAUGCCGCCGCGCCCGCUGCAAUUACAACAACAACAACCAACACCUCGACCGUCGAAUCGACGGCAAGUGCCACAAUUACGAGCAACACAACGACCUCCUCGACUGGUGCCGCGGUAAAUCAAACGACAACGACCUCGGUCUCACUCAAUGCCUCGACAUCGUCCACGACAACAACAACGACGACGACAACAAGUGCGAAUGCCGAUGGCACAAGUGUUCCGGCGAACGCCAAUGACGAUGCAUGGAAACGUGGCGGUCCCGAGCGAUGCGGUCAGAGUGUGAACGACAAGUCGGGAUAUCUCGUCGAUGAUCGAUCGCAGGUGAAAAUCAACUUUAAUGCGUAUAAAAUGGUGUAUGUGUCGCAAGGCUCGAUAUUUUACAAGAAAAAUUCGUUACGACGAGCGAAACAGACACAUCCAAGUGUGACGAAAUUCAAGCAUGAAAAGUUCAACAAGUACGUCAACUCGUGGCUCGAGAAGAACGUGACAGAUGGACAACAAACGCAAUGUCGUGACUGGCUCCUCGGUCGCAACACACCCGAUCUCGUGUCCAACAUAACGAUCAUAAAGCAAGAAACAAACACAUCAAAGACACCUUAUUUUGUAUAUAACAGAUAUAAAGUGGAGCAACUUGACAGUUAAUAUGCAAGAAAAAAGAAUAUUAAAUCAAAUGUAAAUUUUAAUUUAACAUUUAAACGAUUGUAAAUAUUUUUCCAAUUAAAUUUUGUUUAAUUUAUAUCACACACUCACAGACAGAAAAAAAAACACUAGAAUCAAGCUUCUAUUCAUUAAGUCUCAUUUUAAGAGUGUUAAGUUUUUUUUUAAUCCAAAAUUUUUAUUUUUUACAAUAAAAACUAAAAUGUUCGAUAAAUUAAGUGUUAAGCAUCUAAAUUAUAAAAAAAAAGAAAAAAGUGACCUCCUUUUUCAAACACACACAUUAAAAACACGUAGAAUAGGAAAAUGUCUCUUUUAAAAAAAAAUCUUUCUUUUUUUGACAAGAAAUUUCUGAGUAGUAGUAAAAAUUUUCUCGAGUACAAAAUGAAAUUUCUUCAAAAGUCGCGUCAACAUUCCUUUCUUCUAAAUGUGAAUGUGUCCAAUUUCAAUUUUUUAGCUGUAGAUUUUUUUACAUCAAUAUAAAAUCAAUUUGAAAGAAAAAGAAAAAAAACAAGUCUUUGUACAUAAAUAAGAUUCGAAAUAAGAGUAUAAAAAGAGAUAUCUGAAUGUUUUAAUUAAUUAAAUAUUAAAGUAUAGGCAAUAAAAAUGAUUUAUUAUUACA